AUGGCACUUGUCGAGACGGCCCUUGACCUCGUCAAGCUAAUCGAUCCCGCAGACCUGGAGACCAUUCGCAAGCUCUUCUAUGGGCGCAAGGUGACGCUCGACUUUCUCUCCAGAACCAUUCAGACUUUUGUGCCGCGCUCCUACACAGGCAAUCAGGUCUCGCUCGAAGGGAUCUCCAAGGCGCUGAUAGAUCUUUUCGAGGAGCUAGACACGGAUCUUGACGGUUUCGUUACGUGGUACGACUUUAUCGGGUUUUAUUCCGAGGUCUCGAGCGCCCACUUGGAUGUCGAACAGCAUAAGGACUUCACAGAUAAGAGCAUUUUCCAGUCACUGAUGCGAACAGCGACAGGUGUUUCUGGGAAGACGUCUUUAGUCUCCGUGGAGUCGGCUAUACCAAAUAACGCCGAGCUCACAGACGUGAAGGGGUCCAUCAUCCUCAACAUGUAUAUCAUAGGGGACGCCUACUAUCUUGUCACAGACCUUGGUGUUUACAUGGCGGAUUCCCAGUUUAUGUAUCCGCGCCUCAUCUUCGAGCCCAAGGCCUCUGUCUUGGCGGGGAACCCGGAGGAGCUCUUCAAAGUGCAGUUGGACCAGCGGGCGCAGGAAAGACUUGAAGCGAAGGCCUACAAGCGGCUCGAGUCCAUGGGCAUAGACGCAAAUGCAGUCAGAGAGCAGUCGCUCCUGUCUGCCGUGCCUGAUGCCGCCCCCACGAGCCGCCGAGCAAUUCUCCAGGACAUGCAGAACAAGCGGAUAACGAGCUCCAGCACCAUAACGUGUUCUGUCAGGAUGUCCCCUCUCCCGCUUAUCGUCCUUUGCACGCGAGAGCCCCUCUUCAUCGUCUUUUCGCUCACCGGAAACAUGGCCAUCUCCGAUCCCUUCCGGCUCCAGUCCCCUGGGACGUGUCUGUUCUGGCACGAAGCACGGUCCCGGCUCUACAUAGGCCACGCAUCUGGCAAUGUUAGCAUUUACGCGCUGGCCUACGAAAGGGACCCAGACGCCCCACAGUUUGCUGGCGGGAUAAACCUUUCAGAAGACCCCAGCAACACGGGGAACUCCAGGCAGCCCUCUCUGGCCAGCACCACCGUAGAUGCUGCCAUGCAGAUCCUCGGAAAGGGCCGCUCCUUCGACUCGCUGACGCGGGAGGAGCUCUUGAAGGUGUACCCGGAGCUCCGGUCGUCGUUGAUAGACGUCUCCAAGAGCACCGCGGAGGCGCUGCAGAGGUCCUCCCAGGAGAAGGAGCGGCUCCGAGGGAAGUCCAAGCAGCUCAUCGCCAUGGCCUCCGAAGACCUUGAGGUCGUGAGCCUCAUCACAUCGCAGAUCUUUGACGCCGGGCAGAGCACACUUCUCAGCCACGGAAUCAAGGAGACGCAGCUCAUCGCCGACGACCCCCUGGCCUUUGUCAAGGCGACCGUGGCCCCAGACCCCGUCGCCGCGGCAACGCACGAGAAGCGCCACGGGGGCGUGCAUCUGACGAUCCGGGCCGAGUUUGUCACCACCAAGUAUGUGGUCGCGGGGAGCGUCAGGUGCAUGGACGCCGGGCGCGGCCAGUGGGAGGAGGCCAUGGCAGACGGCCUGUUCCGGCUAGCCGUCGUGGGCUCCGAUGCCGCGCUCGUCAUUCUGGACGAGGACCUGGGGGUCGUCUGCACGUUCUCGGACUUGCACCCGGAGGGGAUCAUGCGGUGCUACGUCGUCAGCGAUCACAUCACAACCAUUGGCUUCAGCAACGUCUACCAGAUUGGCCCGGAGGCGGUCCGCUCCUGCCACUUGGGGAUGGCCGUGACAAAGGAGGAGCUCGAGGACGACCCCGCCCGGGUGGACGGCGAGGACGAUAGGCGCGGGAAGAGGAGGCGCGAGGCCGUGCAGGUUUCUGACAAGAGGCUCGUGAAGGCCAACCUCGUGAAGUCCGCGCACCUGAUCACCCUUGUCCAGCCGCCCAGGCCGGGCAAGCCUAUUCUGGCGUCGUUCGCUUUCGGGAACGUUGUUGGCGUUAUUGACCACGACAACGUGGUGACCCUCAUCCAUGCACUGACGGGUGCGCACAUCACGCGGAUCGACAUCGCCAUCAACCUGCACGGAGUCAAGGUCGGCACCGGGGUCUAUAGCCGCAAGCACGACUUCGGCUACAUCCCCUUCGGGCGCCGGCUGUUCGUCCUCAAGGUGGUUGCCAACGAGGAGCUGGCCAAGGAGCAGGUGGUCUGGGACUUUGAGGACGCGAAGCGCGAGGAGGAGCAGCGGGCACUGGGCAAGCGCAGGCCGAAGGAGCUGAUCAAGCACGCGCCCGAGCAUCUUCCCCUGGGGUCUAUCAGCAAGGAGUGCGCCGGCGUUGUCGUCAACCAGCGCAUGAACGAGCUUGGCGCCGUCACAGGCCCUGGGGAAGUGACGAUCUUCUCGCUUCUUACCGGCCGGCCGUCCAGGAUCUACGACAUUGCAAGGAUCUCCAAGACGCUUCUGGAGGGCCGAGACGGCACAGGCAGCGGUGGCGAUGACGCACAGGAUGCCGUACUGGGUUCGGAGUAUGCAAGCAUCGAGACGUGCGACCUCUCGAAAUUCUACGCAGAGGGCCAGAGCGAGGUGACGGAGGCCGAUCUCCACUUUUCCACUCCAGACGACGAAGCCCGAUAUAGGACGCUCCACAAGCCACCGCAGAUCCUCAGCCAGAUCCCCAGCGCCCCCGACGCCCCCCAGUCUCUGCUCGACGCCCUCGGGCGGCGGAUUCUGUCCCUCGCCGUCGACAGCAAGGGACGCGUUCUUUACGUCAUAGGAACUCACGGUGCAGUGACACUUUACUGGAAGACCGGCUCUCUCUUCGACAUAUCCAACGUUGGGAUUACCGGCCGGAGGACAUGCGAAGACGACAUUGACAUCGUCGACAACCCGUUUGAUGGCCAAAGACUGGGCGACGCACAGAGGGAGCCUUCUGCAGGGGCCGACUCGCACAUGUCGUCCGGAGCUUCCUCGUACAGCCUGGGGCUCAAUCUGUCUCAGAUCAUCGUCAAGGCCAACAACGCAGCCUUUGUGAGACAGCUGCUUUCCGACAAGUCGAUAAUGCGCGCACAAAUCUUGGCCACCGACAGAGCGCGCGGCCUUCUCUUCCUCUGCGACAACCUCAACCCGCAAAUUGUGCGCGCCAUAGACAUGAAGCCGAGCCACGAGUACGUGAACAAGAUAGGGCUGUCGAGGCAGCUGACGACCUUCGACAUCUUUUUUGCAGGAGGAGCAGACCACUUUGCAAGGGCACGGCAGCAGCUCACGGCGUUCUUUUCGUCGAAGCCCGUGUUUGUAGGCGCAGACGACCUCUCUUCAAAGCCGGAGGUUGUAAGACGCUUUUGCCCCGAGUUCCUGUGGGCCCGAGAUGUCUCUUCAGCAGGACAGCCGAAUCAGGCGCCGUCUCCGAUCCAGAAACUGCUCUGCGACGUUCUCUACACCGGGCAUGCAAAGAAGGCUCGAAGUGACUCGUACGUGACGUGCAUUGACGCCUCGGAGGAGCUGUCUCUGCUGGCCAUAGGCACCUCUGACGGCCGGAUUCUCGUCCACGACACGAUGUCUGUCAAGCUGCUGCAGCAGGGGGUGAUCCAGCCCCCGACAAUCCCGUCUGUUGGCUCCCCCAUAACGGCCCUCUGCUUCCUGGGACAGUGGCCCCUUCUGUUUUCGGCGUCGGCCUCUGGCAUCUGCUACAUCCACGCGGUCCGCCCGCUGUACCCGAACUUUUCGCUCGUCUGCGCCUUUUACCACGGAAGCUACCAUCCCCUGGGCUAUCCACUGAAUGCAGACUUUCAGGCCGGCUGGGUCCAGACAGCUGGAUUCUUGAAGCACGCCCUUCUGCCCCUCUCUGAUUUCAAUUCAGACGUCCAGUUGUAUGGGAGUAGAUACGAGGACGUGGUUCGCUACCUGAUAGAAAACUUUUCUCCAGAUCUCCUCCACACAAAGUACUGCCCCGAACGUAAGGGCCCUGUGCCCGGGGACGAGGCUCUGCGGUCGAUUGACGGGGAGUUCCGUGCCAAUCGUCUGCUUUCCACGAAAACGGCCUACGGGGCGCGAGUCGGAGACCUCCAGGCGUCGACUGCAACGCCCUCCAUGGACGCCUCGAUGACAACCGAUAGGGAGGGAGAGGCCGCUUCCGGAACAGUCCAGCCUCCAUCGAUGUUUGAGAGGCAUACUGUUUCCAACCGCUAUGCGUACAUCACGGUCCAAGAAUCCACAGCGGCUACUGAAGAAGGCCAAUCUCUGUGCCAUCUCCAGCAGGAGACCGUCGGUGUACAGGACGACUUGGAAGAAAGGUCAGAGCGUGCGCACACCAGAAUGCCGGGUCCGUCUUACCAAGAGAUUGUCUCUGCAACAAUGGCACUCCUUCGCCGAUACGUCCCCAUUUCCCAGAACUUCCGAGGCCUUCAAGCCCGUCGGCGCAGAACGCUUAUGAAGAUUCGGGCUGCUGCUCAGGUGAUAAUGCUUGUUUCUUUCUACUUCACGCGCUUCUUAGCUGCUCCUCGGAGGGUCUACGUUGACUUCCUUCCUGUUCCGCUGGGCACCAGUCAGCCAAGGCAGGCCGCCUCUCGCCGCAAAGUGCCUCAGGGAGCGGUGAAGCUCUCCGACAAGUCCAGCAAGGUGAUCGAGGACUUUUCUAAGUCGCGCUUUAAGACGUCCGGCGUUGACGUGGAGAGUCCGGCGGCUGCGCAAUACGCAGACGCCCAUGCGUCUCUUUAUGGCACCAUGAUGGGGUCCGCUGUGACGCGGCCCGGGAUGGAGGACGUGGAAGCAGAGGAAAACGGCAUUCUCUAUCAAUACGUCUUCAGGGACAGAACCAAGGUGAGAGUGCCAGUCCGGAAGGAGUCCGUUCUUGCUCUCUCUGCUCGCACCAUGCCGACAGCUGUCUGCUUUGUGGACGGCGCCCACUCUAUCCUGGUCGGGGACGACGCAGGCUUUGUGACCCUCUACAAGAUUCAGAAUCUGAUAGCUGCUCUGGGGAUCACACGCAGUCUCGACACGCAGCAGCUCCCUAAGGGUCUUCUUCAUACCCCGAGCUCUGGGAAGACGUCGCCAAUCGUUCCGUCUUCGUAUCUCCGGGUACGGUACGUCCACCGUGCUCACGCCGCCCCCAUUAGCCUGCUUUCUCCGGCUGCUUCCAACAGCCAGGCAUACAUUUCGAUAGGCGGGGACAAACGAGUAGCUCUGUGGGGCUUGGACGGGGCCCAGCUCCUCGGCAUUGUUCAGAGAGUCAAUCUUGACCCGCCUCCGAAGGGAUGGGACUCUCUUUUCGGCGUGCCUCUUACCGCACGCUCCGGGCAAAAGUCCUCAGAGAGUGGACUGGCAGACACAGCCAGGCUGUCCAUCGAAGACCUCGAAGAAGUGCCCAGUCAAGUCUUCCAGGACCCCCCUCCACCUAUGCGUCUUGAGGCCCCGCCUGCGUGCGCAUACCCGUGGACAUAUGCGCCGGAGAGCUCUGCAGGGGAUCGCGUAGACACAGUCAUUCUUCAAAGCAUGCAGCAGACAGGGACGCUGGGUAACAGUGUGGAAGAGGCGGACCUGCUCGGUGUGACCCGCCAGCUUCUGGCAUCGCGGCGGCCAGUCAUUGCGCCUACGUCCCAGGGCGAUCCUGGAACCCUCCUCAAAGCCACAGGCCUCACGGGUCGCCUGCUUGAGCGGAAGGGGGACUCGUGGACGGUUCGGGCCAUGAAGCUUCGCGCGGCGCAGCAGCCCCUUGGACGGAGUGCAGGACCCCAAUGA